GCAUGCAAAUCUGCCAGCUUUCGGUUGUCAAGCUAUCUGGAGCGGAAAGCCUCCCAACUGAGACUACCUUAUCGUAUCAUCACGCCUCCAGUGUUUAGCCCCCAGGAUGGCAUCCUCCGUCCCCAUUGACUUCUCCUCAGGGGAUCACUACUCAGUCCUCGGUGUGCAGCGAAAUGCCACGGAGGCUGAAAUUGCGAAAGCCUACAAGUUGCUGGCCCUGAAGUACCAUCCAGACAAGAACCAGGGUAACAACAAAGAUGCGGAGAUUGGCUUCAAGAGAAUUUCAGAAGCUUACUCUGUCUUACGAGAUUCACAGAAGCGUGCCGAGUACGAUCGCACGGGUGGCACCCGGUCAUAUGUGAGCUACGACGAGGCUGAGCAGAUGUGGCAACAAUUUUCCUCGCGAGAGGGACAGGCCCAGCCAGAGUCCCCAGAGGGCAGAAGAAAGGCGAUGGCCCUGCUGCUGGUUGCCGGCUUGCUUCUCUUUGCACCAAAUCUACUGAUGCAAGUGUUGCCGGGGCUGGCUGCUGCCCUGAUCUGUUUGGCAUUGAUUUCUCGGAGAGAAGCUGCAUCCAAAUGGGCUUGGUGUGCCGUAGCAUUGCUGGCAGCGAGCUAUAUUUUGCCUUACGUGGUUGGCGCCCGCUCAUCCUUCGAGCAAGUGGAUCCUCAGCUUCACCAACUUGGCGAGCCCAGCACUGCGCCGGUUGGCAUCCCCGAGAGUGGCGAGGAGGUUUUGCUGAAUGACGGGAACUUUCAGCGUGUACCUGACCCUUCCAAGCGAGACGGGAGUGCGGGCGAAGGAUGGCAGCAACGAUUGCUCGAAGAGAUGACCACUGCCAUAAAGACGGGUCACGAGCAGGUCCUGACGGUUUUCUCCCGGCAAGGCUGCCCCUGGUGUCAGAGGCAGUUGCCGGUUUUGCAGCGUGCCAUUGCUCAGCGUGCUGGACGCGGUGGGACCGUGCAAGAGGAGGCCCCGGAGGCCUCCCAAGCAUUCCUUGCUCCAGCCGCAGUGGGGAUGGCUCGACCACCUUCUGGAGCAUCCUUGAUGUCUGCUCCGCUGCGGGUUUUCGUGCUCUACGCUGAGGAGUUCCCCUCCGUCGCGCAGGCUUUCAAGGUGGAGGCAUUCCCAACUCUCAUCGCUUGGGGCCUGCCGGGCGUUCCGCCACUGGCGGCCCAGGGCUAUUUGGAAGACCAGAAUUUAGAGCAGCUGCUCAGUACUGUGGCCAGCAGCGUGCCAGAGUCGGCGCCGGUUGAUGAGGGCCCGUGAGCGCGUAGAACAGAGUAGGCAAAGCAGACGUAGUGACGUAGUUUGUUGCCUCUAUCUUUAUGGAUCAUGUUUUCCUCCAAUCAAUUUUGCCAUCUUGGGCAAUGUCCAUAGAAUGGCUGGCCCUGCAAACAGAAUGUGCGGCCAAGUGUCUGUGCCCCAAUGGGUGUGCACAAGAUCCUUCUAUACCAAUGCCCGCGGCAGAACUAUGCCAUUG